AUAAGCAUAAGCUAUAUCUAGUACUUCAUCUAGCAUUGCAUAUGCCUGACAGAACACCCUUCCCUGGAUCAGAAUACUUCACAAUUUCACCGAUCAUUAAAAAAUUAUAUAUACAGUUUGACAAGAUGACCUGUGCUGGGCUCUCUGCAGUGUUCAAAGGAACGUUUGUCCACGCGACCGCCACACUUCCAAUGUGCAUUUUGGAAGAGCACAUUCUAGGUGUGGAUAGCACUGGAAAAAUUGCUUUUCUAGAACCAGCUGAGAAGCAAGAUGAGCUAUCCAUUGAGUGGGAUUUUGAAUGCUCAGACAUCAGAGAGCUUGGUGAAGGGGAGUUCUUCAUGCCAGGAUUUGUUGAUACACAUAUCCAUGCCUCCCAGUACUCUUUCAGUGGGACAGCUCUUGACUUACCCCUAUUAGACUGGUUAAACAAAUAUACAUUCCCUGUUGAAGCAAAGUUUGAUGAUCUAUCAUUCGCAAAAGAUGUCUACACCAAAGUAGUGAAAAGAACUUUAAAAAAUGGCACUACUACUGCAUGUUACUUUGCAACAAUUCAUACCGAUUCUUCACUGCUUCUUGCUGACAUCACAAAUACCUUUGGACAACGUGCCUUGGUGGGUAAAGUCUGCAUGGAUUUUAAUAUAGCUCAUCAAAAAUACAAAGAAACACCAAGAGAGUCUGUGGAAGAGACUCAGAGGUUUAUUGAUGAACUCCAGAAUAAACAGUAUUCCAGAGUAAUGCCCAUAAUAACACCUCGCUUUGCACUUGCCUGCACUGGCAGCUUACUUACUAGUCUUGGUUUACUGGCUGAAGAACAAAAUCUUCACAUUCAGAGCCACAUAAGUGAAUCACUCAAAGAAACAGAGGCGGUGAAAAUGCUGUUUUGUGGCUUCCAGAACUAUUCAGAUGUAUAUGACAAACACAGACUUCUGACUGACAAGACAGUUAUGGCCCAUGGAUGCCAUCUCUCUAAUGAAGAACUACAGCUGUUCAAAUGUCGAGGUGCUGCCAUUUCUCAUUGUCCGAACUCAAAUAUUUCGUUGAUUAGUGGAGUUUUAGAUGUAAGAAAUGUUUUAAACCAUGGAGUGAAAAUUGGCCUUGGUACAGAUGCUGCUGCUGGUUAUUCGCAUUCCAUGCUGGAUGCCAUUAGGAGAGCAAUUGACACAUCAAAAUACAUUAGCAUGCAUGACUCCAGCUAUAAAACUCUUUCAUACAAAGAAGUCUUCAGACUGGCUACCCUUGGAGGAAGUGAAGCUCUGGGACUUCAGAAUACCAUUGGCAAUUUUGAAGUUGAGAAGGAGUUUGAUGCUCUUUUGAUCAGUCCUGUUUCAGAUGGCCCUUUUGAUGUUUUUGACAGUGACUCAAAUGAGGAUGUUGUUCAGAAGUUUAUAAACCUAGGUGAUGACAGAAACAUAAAAGAGGUAUAUGUAGCUGGCAAGAAGGUGAUUCCCUUUCCACGUUUUGAAGUGUAAUCGUAUCAUAUAAUGAAUCAUAACAAUUUUUUUAUGAUGGAGUAACAUAAAAGAUGGUUUUAAUCUAAAAAAGAGAAAGAACUUUUGCUGUUUUAUAAACAAAGAACAUCUGUCUUGUCGUAAUGACUGAUCUAGUGUCAUGACUCAUUUAAACAGUCUGAUCUGCUGCCUAAGUUUUGUUUUUUUUUCUUGCCUGACUGUCUUUCUCCAUAUUAUUUUGCAUGAAUUUGAAUGAGAUAACCAUCAAAUAUUAUGUAUGACCUCAAGAAAUAAAUGUUUAUGUAGUUUGCAUUUCACAUUUUUUGAAUCUCUUUACUGUUGUUUAAUUAUUUAUGCAAAGUUCAGAUUUUAACUUCACAGUAUAUUUUUGAAUUCUAAAGUGUCCUAAUUGGAAAGACAAAAAUGUAUUUUGUUGUAUAACGCUUAGUUACUUAAACACUGGAAAUGCCUAAGCUGAGAAUAAUUUAAGUCAUCCAAAAUAAGGUUUUCUUAUGCUCGCAUGACUGUUAUGUCAUUCUACACCUUGUUUCAAAUAAAUCUGAAAUUUUCCAAGCACAGUCUCAAUCUGAAAAUCAUCCCUUGAAGUCAAAAUAAAGCAGUUCUGUUUUUCUUGGUA